CGAGGAGGUUGCAAAUUAACAUACCGAGGCUGGAUAUCUGCUUUACUUAUCAAGCAUGGGGACCACAUUUACGUGUUCAAGCCGUUGCGUCUGCUUUUUCCUUUUUGCGUGAUUCCUUUUUUCUUGUGCUGUUGUCACUCGCCACGAUCUUGGUAGAUAAGAUGGUUACUAGGUCUCUUGUUGAAGGUCGUCCCAGCAUCUACCAUGCUAUCUCUCAAUCUCAGGAUGAUUUUUUCACGUCAAUUCCUUGGUGCUGCAGUUUUAGUGGUAUCUCUAUGCCAGACAGCGUUGGCUGAAGCUUUACCUCAGACACCUGCCUGCCUUUUGAACUGUGAGGUUGAGGUCUUGGAGCCCAUGGGAUGUCCAGUAACGAACCUUACCACUAUUGGAAACUGCCUCUGCACAAGCAGCACUUUACAAUAUGAACUUGCUAUAUGCAUGUUUACUUCGUGUAACGAGACAGACCUGAUCACCGCAACUGAAGUCUUGCAAAGCGAGAUUUGUAUCACUUUUCCGAAAGAAUCUCGAAAGGCCGAGAUCUUGCGGGUUGAAGUCAUCAUUGCUGCAUUCGCAUUCCCUAUGAUAGCUCUGCGGUUGAUAUCGAGGACGUGGGUUGCUCGAAGACUGUGGUGGGAUGAUUGGAUGAUUGUGAUAUGUGCUUUAUUUAUGGUUCCCAACACUGUAAUUCCGGUAUACAGUUCGUACCUUGGUUUCGGCCAACAUAUUUGGGACAUCCCAGUACUAAACUUUACAAGACUCAAUUUGUUAUACUGGGUUGCAUCGAUAUUCUAUGCACUCAUACAGAACUUUGCGAAGCUCUCCAUCUUGUUCCUUUACCUCCGAAUCUUCCCCACCCCCAACUUCCGAUGGCUCGUUCAAUUCGCACUCGUAUGGCAGUGCUGCCACAUGGUAGCCUUCACGUUCACUGUCAUCUUCCAGUGCAUUCCCGUUGAGUCUUUCUGGAACUUGACAAUCCCAGGAACAUGUAUGAAUGUCAACGCAGCCAUGAGGGCAGGCGCUUUCGCAAGCAUCUUCGAGGAUAUUGCUAUCAUGGUACUUCCGAUCUCGGAGUUAAUCGGCUUGAAUCUUGAUCUCAGAAAAAGACUGUCUCUCUGUUUUAUGUUUGCUUUGGGAUCAUUUGCUUGUGUCACCAGUAUGAUUCGGCUGCGGUACGUCUGGAACUACAAGCUCACCCUUGACGGAACAUGGAAUGAUAUCGAGAUCGUCCUUUGGUCAGAUAUCGAAACAUAUGUUGCAGUUAUGUGCUCGUGUCUGAUGUGCAUCCGACCCCUCCUGCUCAAGAUUUUCCCCGCCCUCUUCUCUACUAGCAGAGCCCAUUCUGCUGGUACCGAGAGCACAACGUCAAAUCGUCGUCGCCGAACUUGGAGCAUGAUGAUUGGGUCUGCAUUCAGAAUUCCAAAGAUCACGAAUACUGGCUCGGAAAGUAAUAUCAUGACGAGAUUACCCGAUCAGAGUGGUAAUAAGAGUGCGAAAACAAUAAUCAUUCAGGGAACGAAUGAAAGCGAAAGAGACUUGCAAGGAAUUGAGAUGGAGGAGCGAGGAGUCAGCCCAAGUACAUUUGGGAGAAGUGAGAAUGAAGCUGGUGUGAGCGUCGAGAGUAUUAAUCUACACAGCGGGGACAAGUAGUUGUUCAUUCAGUACUCUACUUAGGCAUUUCAUGUUCACUCUUUAUGUAACGACUGUAUGACACGUGGGUUUGGAGUAUUGGGAUCUUGGCGGGGGCAGGUUGUCGCAAG